UUUUUUUUUAAUUGAAAAUGGAACUUUAUGUUCAAAAAAUCAUUUAGUUUCACGAUUCUUUUCCACCUCUACAAAUAUAGCAAAAUCCUAUCUUUUGAGGAGAGAAAAAUGUGUGGAUUCCAAAUCGUUUUAAAAUAUUUAUAUACAUAUACCUAUUAAAUUGGAAUUUUCUAAAUCUAGACUGAUAUAUAUGGCCGCUGAAUUUGAUCUUUAAAAGUUCGUCCUUCAGUUUGGGACCUCAUCGUUCUCAUGUAAUCAAACAAGAAUGCUUAUGUCUGCUAUUGCAUCACCCAUCCGCUAAAGUGCCUUGGAGACCAAGCUUGAGUCUUCUUGCCUAUACAUAUAUAUAUGCAUCUCCACGUACAUACAUAUAUCACACUCGACUUGGAGAGUCAUUUUAGUCCAUCAGUGUCAAUCUAGCAGUUCUCAUCAUCAAUCCAGAACUGCCAUGGACUCCCAUGAUAAUCAAAACCAGAAAAAGCUUCACUUCGUCUUGUUCCCAUUCAUGGCGCAAGGCCACAUGAUCCCCAUGAUUGACAUAGCCAGAGUCUUGGCAGAACGUGGCGACCUCAUCACCAUCAUCACAACGCCUGUAAAUGCAGCCAGAGUUGAACCCGUUAUAACCCGAGCUGUACAAGCUCAUGGCCUCCAUAUCCGUCUGGUUCAGCUCAAGUUUCCAUGUUCAGAAGUGGGAUUACCGGAAGGGCUUGAGAAUUUCGACAUGCUGGAUUCGUUUGACUUAGAUUUAUCCUUGAAGUUCUUCGAAGCGGCCAAUAUGUUAGAAGACCAAGUUCAAAGAUUGUUUGAUGAGGAGCAAAUUUCACUUCGGCCUUCCUGUCUCAUCUCUGAUUUCUGCUUGCCAUAUACCAAAAACAUUGCGUCCAAGUUCAAGAUACCCAGAAUUUCUUUCCAUGGAUUCAGCUGUUUCAGUCUUUUGUGUUUGGAACGUUUAUAUUCGUCCAAGAUUCUUGACACGGUAACGUCGGAUUCAGAGUACUUUGUUUUGCCAAACUUGCCUGAUAAAGUUGAAUUCACGAAAGCCCAGCUGCCAGUACUCAGUAAAGACACCUGGAAAGAGAUGCACAAGAAAAUGGGCGAUGCAGAUAAAGAUUCCUACGGGGUGGUGAUUAAUACUUUUGAAGAAAUGGAAGCAGAAUACAUCAGAGAAUACAGAAAGGUGGGAGGAGGCCGCAAAGCGUGGUGUAUUGGACCUCUUUGGCUCUGCAACAAGACUGGGUUGGAUAAGAUUCAGAGAGGUAAGAAAGCCGCCAUGGAUGAACAUCAAUUUCUUAACUGGCUUGAUUGUCAGGAACCAAGCUCUGUAAUCUACGCUUGUCUCGGAAGCAUCAGCAAUGCCCCACCUGCGCAAAUGAUUGAACUGGGAUUAGCCUUAGAGGCAUCAAACAGGCCAUUCAUCUGGGUAAUAAGAAACUGGAAGAGAUUAAACGAACUGGAAAAAUGGAUUAUAGAAGAUGGGUUUGAAGAGAGGAUCAAAGGACGAGGACUUCUAAUAAAGGGUUGGGCUCCACAAGUGUUGAUAUUGUCACAUCCCGCCAUUGCUGGAUUUUUAACUCACUGUGGAUGGAACUCCACCAUUGAAGGGAUUACCGCCGGCUUGCCGCUGGUAACUUGGCCGCUGUUCGGAGAUCAGUUUUUAAACGAGAAAUUGGCUGUGCAGAUUCUGAAAAUUGGUAUAAGUGUUGGAGCGAAGGAGCCAUUCAUGUGGGGAGAAGAAGAUAGGACAGGAGUUGUGGUAAAGAAAGAAGAUAUCAAGAAUGGUAUUGAGAAGGUAAUGGAUGAAGGUGAGGAAGGGGAAGAGAGAAGACUACGAGCUAAAGAGUUUGCGGAAAUGGCAAAGAAAGCUGUUGAAGGAGGAGGAUCUUCUUAUCUUAACGUCACUAAGUUUAUUCAAGAUAUUAUGCAGUACGGACAAAAUUAAAAGCCACUCAUCUAUAGAUAGGAAAAUUAUUAUGAUUAUCAUUUUCAUUUUCUGAAACAAAAAUUCAUAAUAAUCUAUUUUGAAAUUUAUAAUUACUCC